CCCGGGCCCAUGAGCAGUGGCCUGCGGCCGGGCCGGGCCUGCGCCGUCUCCCCUCGCUGCUGUCUGGAUUAGUUGCCGUUGCCAGGAUUGCCGUUGCCAGCCUAGAAGAGCUCGAUGGCAGGAUCUUGUGAGAUCAGCAACAUCUUCUCCAACUACAUCAGCGCCAUGUACCAGGCAGAGGAGGUGCAGCCAGCCUUGGACAUGCUGGGACACCCUGGGGAUGAGAGCACCCUGGGGCUGGGCUUCCCUGGCAGCCAGCCCCUGGCACAGAGCACAGACAAGCCUGGGUGGUUCAGUGAGCUCCCAUACUCCUGGACCAAGGUGCAGGUGCUGGAGUGGAUCAGUUACCACGUGGAGAAGAACAAGUACGACGCCAGCUCCAUCGACUUCUCCUGCUGCAACAUGGACGGGCACGCGCUGUGCCACUGCAGCCGCGACCAGAUGCGCCUCAUCUUCGGGCCCCUGGGGGACGAGCUCUACGACCGCCUGCACGAGAUCACCUCCAAUGAGCUGAACUGGAUCAUUGACUUGCUGGAAAAAGAGGAUGCAACUUCCCAGGAGCCCUUCCUGGACUCCAGCCACCUGGAGCUGGGAAAUCUCUGUGCCAAGGACUCCCUGGAGGACAUGAAGCCCACAAACCCUUUCCUAUGCACAGACUUCACCUACUUGCCUGGUGCCAUGUCCCCAGGCAGCUCUGAUAUCUCAGGGCCUGUGAUGUCCCACAGCCCCAACUCCCAGGACUCCGGUGGAAGCGACCUCGACCUCGAUCCUGCAGAAGCAAAGCUCUUCCCAGAGGAUGGCUUUGCAGGGAGCAAGAAAGGGGACAGCAAACACGGGAAGAGGAAACGGGGACGGCCCCGAAAACUCAGCAAGGAGAGCAGAGACUGCCUGGAGAGCAGGAAGAGCAAACACUCCCCCAGAGGCACCCACCUGUGGGAGUUCAUCCGGGACAUCCUGAUCCACCCCGAGCUGAACGAGGGGCUGAUGAAGUGGGAGGAUCGGCGCGAGGGCGUCUUCAAGUUCCUGCGCUCGGAGGCUGUGGCUCAGCUCUGGGGCCAGAAGAAGAAAAACAGCAGCAUGACCUAUGAGAAGCUGAGCAGGGCCAUGAGGUACUACUACAAACGAGAGAUCCUGGAGAGAGUCGACGGGAGACGACUGGUGUACAAGUUUGGGAAGAACUCCAGUGGUUGGAAGGAAGAGGAGGUGCUCAACAGGAACAAGGAGCUGUAGGAGUCCUGGAUGAGCUGGGGUCUCACAACCCUCCUGGGCCAGCCCCGAGCUGGGCUCCUUUGCAGGAGACUGUGUCUUCAGCUGUCUCUGGAAGCUGCUGUCCCGUGCAGCCUGUGACACGUGGCCCCUGCCAUGGGCACGCUCGUGCCUGCUGCUGGCCCCAAGGGGUUCCAAAGUGACUGUUUUGGCUCCAGUAGGUUGUUGUCACCGUUGUUCCCUGGCUGGAUUUGUACCUCUGAUGGGAACCACAGCAACUUUGGCUGUUUCACAGCCAUGGACUGAUGCAAAGGGGAAGAGGAGUUCAAGUGGCAGUUGGUGCCACAGCCAGAGCCCACAGGAGCUCCUGCCACCCCCUUCCUGCCCGGGCAGAGGGACAGCACCUCAUCUCCUGCUGUGGGACAGACCUUGACCCGGCUGCGGGGUCCCCCUGGCACUGCUGAAGGCACCCAUUGCCCCGUUUGCUCUGUGGGGGUAGGCAAGUGUCCUCCUGCCCCAGUUCAGCUUCUGAGUGCUGAGAGAAGAUGGGGAAUACUGUGGAGCUUCACCUGACCCUGAGAGCCCUCAGUGGGGCAAGGACCUGGGGACAGCACCACCACUCUGCAUUUCCAGCCCAUCUGCCUGUGUCUGGAAGUGGGCCUUGUGGGUUUUUUGUUUUUCCUCCAAAAGCAGCUUCUAAUUUAUGUAAGACAGAAAAAGCAGCACAGAAUGAAUGUACAGAUCUAUUUUUUCAUGAGUGGGAUGUUCCUGUGUGAGUGUGCACUGAGGGGCACGCUGGUGUCUCGUGGCAGGCACAAUGCUCAGCUGGACUGGAGCGAUGCUGGGGGGCACAGACGGGCUCUGUGCCAGCCCUGGAGGGAUGCCAGCCCAGCCUGGCACACAGCAGGGCCAUGGGGCUUCCUCCUCCUCAGAUGGGAACAGAAGAGCAAUAAAUUGUUGGUUGGUUGUUUUGUA